AUUUAUUUUCCCAAACAAAGCUGAGAGAGAGAAUGGCUUCGGUUCCGUUUUGGGAGUGACUUUCUGUUCGUCCGCAGAAGCUCAACAGUAGAAAACGAGCGAUACUCUCAACUUGUCGCCCAUUGAAUUGAAGAAGGGUUUUUUUGCAAUGCACCGUGUAGGUAGUGCGGGGAACACAUCCAACUCAUCCCGCCCAAGGAAGGAAAAGAGGUUGACAUAUGUGCUCAACGAUGCUGAUGACAAAAAGCAUUGUGCCGGGAUAAAUUGCUUGGCACUAUUAAGGACAUCAGUGCCUGAUGGUUGUGACUAUCUGUUCACUGGAAGCCGAGAUGGAACACUGAAGAGAUGGGCACUGGCUGAAGAUGCUGCUACCUGCUCUGCUACAUUUGAAUCUCAUGUUGAUUGGGUCAAUGAUGCAGUCCUUGCAGGUGAUAACAUCCUUGUGUCAUGCUCUUCGGACACCACCCUUAAGACGUGGAAUUGCUCGUCUGAUGGGACUUGUACUAGAACUCUCCGGCAACACUCUGACUAUGUUACUUGUCUUGCUUCUGCCCAGAAAAAUAGCAAUAUUGUUGCUUCUGGUGGCCUUGGUGGAGAGGUUUUCAUAUGGGACCUUGAAGCUGCACUUGUUCCAGCCUCAAUGUCCACUGAUGCAAAGGAAGAUGACUGUUCAAAUGAUAUAAUUGGUUCUGCGAAUUCUGGGCUGCCUAUUACAAGUUUACGUUCUAUUGGUUCAAACAGCAGUAUUUCACUCCACCAGACUCAGCCACAUGGAUAUGGUCCUAUUGCUGCUAAGGGUCAUAAAGAGUCUGUUUAUGCAUUGGCAAUGAAUGAUGAUGGAAGCUUACUGGUUUCUGGUGGUACUGAGAAGGUUGUCCGUGUUUGGGAUCCUAGAACUGGUUCAAAGGCUAUGAAGCUAAGGGGGCACACAGAUAACAUAAGGGCUCUGCUUCUGGAUCCUAGUGGGAGAUUUUGCUUAUCAGGAUCCUCUGAUUCUAUGAUCAGACUAUGGGAUCUUGGUCAGCAGCGUUGUGUACAUUCCUAUGCUGUGCAUACAGAUUCUGUUUGGGCACUUGCCAGCACCCCAACAUUCAGCCAUGUUUAUAGUGGUGGGAGGGACCUUUCUUUAUAUCUCACAGACUUGGCUACAAGAGAAAGUGUGCUGCUUUGCACAAAAGAACACCCUGUUUUGCAACUUGCACUGCAUGAUGAUGGCAUAUGGGUCGCAACAACAGAUUCUUCUGUACAUAGGUGGCCCUCUGAUGGACGUAACCCGCAGAAGGCUUUUCAGAGAGGUGGUUCAUUUUUGGCUGGCAAUUUGUCCUUUUCCAGGGCAAGAGCUUGUUUAGAAGGAUCUACUCCCGUGCCUGUUUACAAAGAACCAUCAUUUACAAUUCCUGGAACUCCAGGAAUUGUUCAACAUGAAAUUCUAAACAACAGAAGGCAUGUCCUGACAAAGGAUACAGCAGGCUCAGUGAAAUUAUGGGAGAUCACCAGAGGAAUUGUGGUUGAGGAUUAUGGCAAGGUUUCAUUUGAAGAGAAGAAGGAAGAACUAUUUGAGAUGGUCAGUAUUCCUGCAUGGUUCACUACAGAUACUAGGCUUGGAAGCUUGUCUAUCCAUUUGGACACACCACAAUGCUUUUCUGCAGAAAUGUAUUCUGCUGACCUGACUAUACCUGGGAAACCUGAGGAUGACAAGGUCAAUCUAGCACGGGAGACGCUUAAAGGUUUAUUGGCUCAUUGGUUGACCAAAAGAAGGCAAAGAGCAACAUCCCAAGCUUCAGCCAAUGGUGAUGGUUCAUCAGGGAAGGAUUUUUCUGCUAGAAAUCAUUCCCAUUCAAGAGUUGAGGUUGAUGGUAAUGCAGAAAAUGACUCGAUGGUUUACCCUCCGUUUGAGUUUUCUACGGUUUCUCCUCCUUCUAUAAUUACUGAGGGCUCUCAUGGAGGUCCAUGGAGAAAGCAGAUCACUGAGUUGGAUGGUACUCAAGAUGAGAAGGAUUUUCCAUGGUGGUGUCUUGAUUGUACUUUAAAUAGUCGAUUGCCGCCAAAAGAAAAUACCAAGUGCAGCUUUUAUCUACAACCUUGUGAAGGAGCAACUGUCCAAAUUGUCACACAGGGGAAACUGAGUGCACCUCGGAUAUUGCGAAUGCAUAAAGUUAUAAACUAUGUCAUAGAAAAAAUAGUUCUUGACAAACCAUUGGAUGGUGGGAAUUCCGAUGGAACAUUUGCUCCAGUAUUGGGUGUUGGACAUUCGCAACUGUCAACAGUUGGGGGAGAAGGCUCCUUCCGGCCUAGCUUGAAGCCCUGGCAGAAGCUAAAACCUUCAAUAGAGAUAUUGUGCAAUAAUCAGGUCUUAUCUCCAGACAUGAGCUUAGCCACAGUUCGAGCUUAUAUAUGGAAGAAACCUGAUGAUUUGGUCCUUAAUUACAGACUUUUGCAAGGAAAAUGAUUCUAUAGAGCUUCAAGCAGUGUAGAUACUUGUGGGAAUGAGCAUUCUGGUCUGGAGAUUGUGGGGGCCAAUCUUCUGCUGUAUAAAAUAUAAAGCGUAAUUGAUUUUUUGGGGGUGCUGAUCAUGAUCAGAACUGUAAAUCUGGGAAGCUGAUCACUCGAGAUGAAGCUUUGGAUUUUCUCCAAAAUUUGUAGAGAGGGCACGGAGGGAACUUCCUGUUUUGAUGAGUGAUCUUCCAAGUUUUGUUUCUCAGGCAUGCAGAUGGGGUGGUUAUUUACUUUGGAUGUGGUUUAGGAUGAGUUUGCCAGCUUAAAGCAAAAGGUCUCAAGUUGGUGGAAGAGAACAGGAGAUUGGCAGGUAUGAACAAGCUCAGGAAUCCCCCCAAGAGGAGAUAAAAGUAGGAACAAUAUGGUCGAGAGCCUUGUAGAUGUGAAUGUGGGGUGCCUAAUGGGAAGACUUUUGUUUUGGAGGUAAUUGGCCUUCGAAUAAAAGGAUUCCAUAUAUGUCAAACGUGUCAAUUCAAUAUAUGUCUAUAUAUUUCUUUUUCUUUUAUCGUUCUGUUCAAUUAUCUUCUGUGAAAUGUUAAAUCAGUAAGGAUCAAAUGAAGUUUUGCCAUACCUGUCAUGUGCU